AUGGCUGGAACUCCCUCUCCAUGUGAACCCAACGAGUUCAAAUGUAAGAACGGCCGCUGCGCCCUGAAGCUGUGGCGCUGCGACGGAGACAACGACUGUGAGGACAACUCCGACGAGACAGACUGCCCCACGAAGGGCCCCGGGGACCGCUGUGCUCCGGAGCAGUUUGAGUGUCUGAGCGACCGGACCUGCAUCCCGGCCAGCUAUCAGUGCGACGACGAGCCGGACUGCCCCGACCGGUCGGACGAAUUCGGCUGCACCCCUCCCUCUGUGACCAGCCCGCCGGAGGAGUCCAUUGAGGUGGCACGGGGGGGGACGGUGACGUUCACCUGUCAGGCUGUGGGAGUGCCCACCCCCAUCAUCACCUGGAGACUCAACUGGGGCCACAUCCCCCUCAGCGGCAGGAUCUCGAUGACCAAUGAGAACGGACAAGGCACGCUGACGAUCCGCGACGUGAAGGAGGCGGAUCAGGGCGCCUACACCUGCGAGGCCAUCAACGCCAAAGGACUCGUGUUCGGGAUCCCCGACGGCGUGCUGACGCUCACCUCCUCUCCUAACCCAGGGAACUGUCCCUCGGGUCACUUCAGCAUUCAGGGUCGCUGUGUUUCCUGUUUCUGUGCCGGACUCUCCAAGAACUGCAAAGGCACCGGACGCUACCGGAACCAGAUCAGCCUGCGCUUCACCGAGGAGGAGGACUUCAAAGGUGCCGUGCGGGGGUCCGAGCAGCAGUUCUCCCUCUCUAACAGCAGGAACUCUGACACCAUCACAGAGGGGAUCUCUCAGAGAGGAUCGGAGGUCUCGUACCGAGCCUUCAGCAGUCUCCCCAACGACGUGUACUACUGGCUGCUGCCCCCCAGCUUCAGGGGGGACAAGGUCACGGCGUACGGAGGCUCUCUAAGUUACACACUUCGCUUCGAGCCUCUUCAGCGCUCUCUGGCCAUCGACGGGCAGCCGGACGUGGUGCUGCAGGGCAGCGGCAUCUUCCUGGAGCAUUUCUCCAAGACCAGACCCCAACCCAGGACCCCCAGCAGCGUCUCCGUCACCUUCAGAGAGUCGUCAUGGCGACGCGCUGACGGACAGCCCUGCACUCGGGAACAUCUUCUGAUGGCGCUGGCCGACGUCUCCGUCUUCAUGAUCCGAGCCUCGUACUCCGACCUGAUGGCAGAGAGCAGUAUCUCGGACAUCAAGAUGGACGUGGCGGUCCCUCACUCCACAGGGAACGAGAGAGCUCUGGAGGUGGAGGAGUGCUCGUGUCCUCAGGGGUACACCGGACCCUCCUGCCAGGAGUGUGAUGUGGGCUACACUCGCUCCAGCUCCGGUCUCUACCUGGGAACCUGCGACAGGUGUGACUGCAACGGACACGCUAACGGCUGCGACUCGGAGACGGGUCGCUGUCUGCAGUGUCUCCAUAACACCGUGGGGCCCAGGUGUGAGCGCUGUCAGACUGGUUUCUAUGGCAACCCGGUGACGGGCGGUGCUCAGGCCUGUCAGCCGUGUCCGUGUCCUGGAACAGCUUCGAGCAACCAAUUCUCUUCCACCUGUCACCUGGAGGCUGACGGUCAGCCCACCUGUGAUAACUGCCCCCCCGGGUACACCGGCCGGAACUGUGAAAGAGAAGAGAAGCUGCCUGCAGACAGUUGUGACGACCCCUUCCUGGAGAAGCAGAUAGAGGGCCUGCUGCCUGUGGGAUGUGGAGCUGAAGCUGUGUUUAACUUCAGCUGGGAGAAACAGAUCUUCCCGUACGGCAGUGGAGAUGAUGAUGAGACCGCGGGAACAACCGUCCUCCCUUCACAGACUUUAUUUUCUGCCGCAAUCCACCACCGCACCACUCGUGAAACUAAAUCAACCGGGGUGGGCGAUGUCUCCGUCGCUCCCAACAGAUUAUCCCCCAGGAUCCCCACUCGCUUCACCCCCAGUCCAGAGAUCAGACACUCCAGCUUACAGCAGCUUCUGAGGAUGCACCUGAACACCUUCAACAAGCGUCUGAGCAUGCUGGAGAGCAACACGCUGGACAUGAAGGACAGCAUUCACCGCAUGGAGGACCAGCAGCUGCAGCUCAGCUCCAACCUGAGGGAGCUCAUCGCCAUCCAGUCGGUCGGGGAGAAGAACACGAAGGUAGGCGAACUGGAGAAGGGCUACACGGACAUGGACGCCCGUCUGAGCAGACUAGAGGGGCGUCUGGAGAUCCUGAUCGACGGCUUCACGGCGCUGGCUCAGGAGAUGAACAGGAUGAAACGAGCUAGACAUGUUUCUCGAUCAAUACCAGAAAAGAGGGAUCCGCCUUUACCGGCUACCCUCCUUCCUUUGUCGCUGUACCCAAUGCAUGGAGUUAAACCCACAGAACCACCGUUUACCAGCAGAGCCACGGUGCCGAAAAGCAUACCGACCCCAGGACUACCAGCAGACAAACCAAAUACUGCACGACAGAGAGUGAGGAAACUCAAAUCAGCAAGUAAAGCCUCGACAAGGACUACCCUGAGUAGACCUAGGACUACUUCACAAUCUGCAUCUAAAUCUAAAACUACAGUGAAGCCUAACACAAAGUUGACUGCAGGUAGGAGGUCCGCUGUGACCGCUAAACAAGUUCCAAGCCAAGCAAAACCAAAGCAAGUUAAAGGAGCGAUUACUACAUUUCAACUGGAGCCACCAUCUCACAAAGCAAAGCCCGAUCAGGCCAAACGAAAGGAUUCACCCCCCAUCAGACGCAACGGACGUCACAAGGCGUUUAGAUCCGAUGCACCGGUUCCCAAGAAGGUUCAGGAGCGUGGGAAGAGUCCGGAGGGCGAGUCAAAGAGGUCACACAACGGUGGGGAAAAGACGGAGGACAAUUCUUACAAGUUGGUUUCUCAAAAUACCAGGAAGAAAACGGCCUCAACCACGAAACCGACCACCACGAAGAAGACGUCCAACGCCACGGUGAAAAGGACGACUUCUUCUAAAACCAAGAAGAAGGCCAACACGACGGUCAAAAGGAAACCAACUCCUCCUAAAGCCAAAGCUGCCACUGCAAAGAGACUAACUAAGAAACCUGAGCAGAAGAAAAAGAAGACUAAAUCUCAACCUGGGGUUUUGGACCUCCUGCAGCUUUUACAGGGAAAUUACAAGUCAGGGAAGAAGGGGAGGAACCAGGACGGGUCUCUCCAUGUUGUCCUGGGAAGGCUGGCCAUUCCCAUCAGGAUCAUCCCCGACGACUAAGGAAUACUCCUCCAUCUGUAUAUAUCUCCUUAUAUUUAUGUUUUGUACUGCAACCUUGUAUUUUGAACUUAAUGAAGGGACUCCUUGGUGUUAUUGGAAAAGGGGCUUUCAAGAUAUUUAAUGCCACCCUGUUUAUUUUGAGGAGUUUUUUAUGAUGAACUGUUUCCCAGAAUCCUGCCAUGAAGAGAUCGCCGAUUGUCUUGUGUUUCAUUUGUUCGCAUUGGUGCUUUAUAUGCGUUGUCUGUUGUGUUAUGGCCAGACUACCUCAAGGUGGACACGUUCUUUUCUGCAUUUUUCUGUAAGCAAUAUGAACUGAAUAACUGUGUUAGUCCAGGUUUAAGAAGAACAUUCGUUAAAGGUUAUAUUUCCAAACAAAAUUAACAAUUGAACAUCCCGCUACUUGCUGCAAUACUAAAUGAAUGCAACCAUUGGAAAAGAUUGACAUUGAUGGUCCCCAGAGGACGAAUUCAUGUCCAAUACUUUCCUUUAUGCUAAACUAUGGUAUUUGUGAUCAAAUGCAUACCUUGGUCGCGCUAGAAGAAAAGGCACAUCUAAAAACAACUGGAUUCAUCUUCUGGGCCCAGGAGUUCAAAACUUUUAAUCCCUAUCUGAUCAGAUCAGAUUUGGAUUUUGGGGAGUUCAAAAC